AUGACCAAUUCAAUGGAAUAUGUUCGCCUUGGAAACUCCGGUCUCAAGAUCUCCAAGAUCAUCUUGGGGACCAUGGGCUAUGGCAGCAAGCAAUGGCAAGACUGGGUGCUGGAUGAGGAGGACUCACUUCCUCUGAUCGAGCACGCCUACAAGCAGGGUAUCAACACCUGGGACACAGCCGAUGUCUACUCCCACGGCAAAUCCGAAGAAGUCGUCGGAAAAGCCUUGAAGAAAUAUAACAUCCCGCGCGACCGCGUGGUCAUCAUGACCAAGUGUUUCUUCGGCGUCGACGACGAGGGCAAAUUCCCUCCCAUCUCAGCCUCCGCUACUAACGAUGGUCCCUUCGUGAACCGUACCGGACUGUCCCGCAAGCAUAUCUUUGAUGCGGUCGAUGCCAGCGUCAAGCGUCUCGGCACAUACAUCGAUGUUUUGCAGAUUCACCGCUUGGACCGCGAGACCCCAAGAGAGGAAAUCAUGAAGGCGCUCAACGAUGUCGUGGAGAGCGGUCAAGUCCGAUACCUCGGUGCCAGCUCGAUGGCAGCCUGGGAAUUCCAAACCCUCCAAAACAUCGCCCAGCGCAAUGGCUGGCACAAAUUCAUCGCAAUGCAGAACUUCCACAACCUGAUUUUCCGCGAAGAGGAACGCGAAAUGAUUCCCUACUGUCAGGACUCUGGCGUUGGCGUUAUUCCCUGGUCGCCAAUUGCGCGUGGUGCGCUGGCUCGUCCGUGGGGUUCUCGCGGAACAGUCCGUGAGAAUAGUGAUGGUGCACUGAAGAUGUUUGUGCGUAGUCGCGAGUCGGAUGCUGACAAGGCUAUUAUUGAUCGGGUUGAGGAGAUUGCGAAGAAGAAGGGUGUUAGUAUGGCGCAGGUCUCUAUUGCUUGGUCUCUGACCCAUACGGGUGUUAACCCAAUUGUGGGGCUUCAUAGUGUUGAGCGGAUUGAUGAGGCGGUUGCUGCUACUAAGGUGCAGUUGACGGAGGAGGAAAUUAAGUAUCUGGAGGAGCCUUAUGUUCCCAAGGCUGUUACUGCGCUUGAGCGGUAA